CAAGACUCUUGUCUUCCCUGCUAAAGGAGAGUCAAAGAAGAAGAAGAGAGAAUGACUUCUGGGCUUCUGAUAGCCAAGUCCCAGGAAGCACUUACCUUCCAAGAUGUGGCUGUGGAGUUCACCCAGGAGGAAUGGGGACUGUUGGAACCUGCUCAGAAAAAUAUGCACAGAGAUGUGAUGCUGGAGAACUAUGAGAACUUUGUCUCCCUUGGCCUUCCAGUUCCCAAACCAGCUCUGAUCUUCCAUUUGGAGAGAAGAGAAACACCAUGGCUGCCAUCAGGAGAAGUCUUAAGAAAUACCUACCCAGAUUUCCUUGUACAGAAGACGUAUUGUGACAUCAAGGAAUUAGCUCUAAAGCAACAUAUUUCUGUGGGAGAAUCAUCCAAGGAAAGAUUCCAAAAGCAUGGCCCCUGGGACUCUAAGUUGGAAGAAGCUUGGGAUUGUGAUAUCAGAUCAAAGAGGCAAAACACCAACCAAGAGAGACCACCAAAACAAAUAAGAGUCAUUCACAGUAAUACUUUUAAUGAGUUAAAUACAAAUGAACAUAAUAUAUAUGAAAAAAAGGUUAAUCUAGGGUCAGUCCUCAUUCCACAGCAGAAAGUUACUAUUGGGAAGUUUCAACAUAAAUGUGAAACACCUGGAAAUGGUGCCAAACAGUGCUCAGACUUAAUUAAGCAUAAUAGAAUUUCCCUGGGAAAGAAACUUCCUAAUUAUAAUAAUUGCAGGAAGCCUUUUAUUUACCAUUCAAACCUUAUUCAUUACCAUAGAUUACAUACACGAGGAAAAGACCUUAAGUAUAAUCAAAGUAGCAAAGAUUUCAGCAUCAAUUCCUCAUGCCCUACUGUACAUCAAAAAAUUAAUACAAGCGAAACCCCUUAUAAAUGUAAUGAAUGUGGGAAAGCCUUCAAGCAGAAGAAAUACCUAAAAACACACAAGAUAAUUCAUAUUGGAGAGAAGUCCUUUGAAUGUAAAGAAUGUGGGAAAGCCUUUAGCAAUAAUCAUAGCCUCUCCCAACAUCAAAUAAUUCAUACUGGAAAGAAACCAUUUGAAUGUAAUGAGUGUGGGAAAGCUUUUAGUAGCAAACGAUACCUAAUUGAACAUCAAACAGCUCAUACAGGUGAGAAACCUUAUAAAUGUAAUGAGUGUGAAAAAGCCUUCAGCUGGCAUGCAAGCCUCUAUGUACAUAAGAGGGUUCAUACUGGAGAGAAGCCCUUCGAAUGUAAGGAAUGUGGGAAAGCCUUCAGUAAGAAGGUAUACCUUAUUAGACAUAAGGUAAUCCAUACUGGAGAGAAGCCCUUUGAAUGUAAUGAAUGUGGGAAAGCUUUCAGGCACUAUUCUUCCCUUAUGCAACAUCAAAAAAUUCAUACAGGGGAGAAACCCCACAAAUGUAACGAAUGUGAGAGGGCCUUCAGACAAAAGGCACAUCUUGAAAUUCAUAAGAGAAUUCAUAAUGGAGAGAAGCCCUUCAAAUGUAAUGAAUGUGGGAAAGCCUUCAGGAACAAGGUAUACCUUAAUACACAUCAAGUAAUUCAUACUGGAGAGAAACCCUACAAAUGUAAUGAGUGUGGGAGAGCCUUCAGACGGAAGGCACACCUGGAAACACAUAAGAUAAUUCAUACUGGAGAGAAGCCCUUUGGAUGUAAUGAAUGUGGGAAGGCCUUCAGCAGUAAUCACCAUCUAAAUCAACAUCAAACAAUUCAUACUGGAGAGAAACCUUAUAAAUGUAAUGAAUGUGGGAAAGCCUUUAGCAGUAACCACUACCUAACUCAACAUCAAACAAUUCAUACUGGAGAAAAACCUUAUAAAUGUAAUGAAUGUGGGAAAGCUUUCAGCACAAUUGCUCGCCUUCAAACACAUAAGCUAGUACAUCCUGGAGAGAAACAUUUUGAAUGCAAUGAAUGUGGGAAAGGCUUCAGAUACAGAUCAGGCCUUAUACGACAUCAAAGGACUCAUACUGAAGAGAAACCCUAUAAAUGUAAUGAAUGUGGGAAAGUCUUCAAGAGGAGCUCAUCUCUUAUGCAACAUGAGAUAAUUCACACUGGAGAAAAACCCUAUAAAUGUGAUGGAUGUGGGAAAGCCUUUAGCCGGAAGGGAAAUCUUGAAAUACAUAGGAGAAUCCAUACUGGGGAGAAACCUUAUAUAUGUACUGAAUGUGGGAAAGCCUUUAGGCACAAAGGAAGCUUUAAUGCACAUAAGAAAAUGUAUUCUGGAAAGAAACACUUUGAAUGUAAUGAAAGUGGAACAGUUUAGACCAGUGAUGGUGAACCUUUUAGAGACCAUAUGCCAUGCCCCCUCCCAAGACCAAGUUCCAUACCUCUCAGGCCCCCCACCUUACCCCACAUGGAAGGGUAUAAGCACUCCCAUUGGGCUGCUGGGCAGGUGAAGUGAAAAAUGCCCUCAGGAAUGGUGGAGAGGGGGAAGGGAGCAGCUCUACCUGCCUUCCUAGUAACCUCUGGUGUAGGACAGUGCCUCCAGGUUGCUCUGUGCCCUUUCUGGCAUGUGUGCCAUAGGUUCACCAUCACAGGUUUAGACAAAGACCAAGUUGCUGUACAUAGUAGAUUUCAUAGCGUAUAGAAACCCAUUAAAUAUAUGGAAUUUGAGGAAAAUUUGCAUUGCAAAACAAUCAUGGAAUUCAUAUUAAAGAAUGUGGCUAGGCCUUUAGGUAGAAAGGAGACCAUAUUGAAAACUUAAACUUGAACAUUUUUAGUGUAAUGAAUAUGGGAAAGCUUCCAAAUGAUGUCGAAAUUUUUAAGAAAUAUUAGAAUUCAUGCUGGAAAGAAACUUUAUAAACCUAAGAAAUUUGGUGUAGCCUUUAGGAAAACAUCGAGCUUUAUGUUGAAAGAAAACACUUUCAAUGCAGUAAAUACGCACAAGCUUUCAAAUAAAAUAGAUUAAAGACCAUAAGAGAUUGCACUCUAGAGAGAAGCCCUUAAAUUUAACAAAUAUAAGAAUACUUUCAGGCUUAGACAUCUUUGUUACACAUAAGAAAAUUCUUAUUGUAGAAAAUGUUUGUGUUGUUUUAAUUGUUAAUAUUUAGCGUGUUUGGGAAGGUCUUCUAGUGGGACUCUCUUAUAAGAUAAGGAGAUAUUGAGUAUUUCCUU